AUGUUGGGGCCCAAGCUGAAGUUUCUAGGGAGGCCGUCGCUGUUGUAUAUGGCAUAUGGUGGCUCAAUAUUGCUAAGAAAUUCAUACUCGACAUUUGCUUCCUCAAGGGUAAAUGAGAUUCGAAACGUCUUGCUUGACAACACUUUGUCUUUGCAAUCGAAAGCCACAAAAUGCAAAACUAUUUAUGAAGGCAUAGGUGAAACCUUACUAGAAGAAACUUUCUGUACCAAGAUCAAUAGUAAUGACCUAGUCAGGUCUCUAGUUUCAAAAUUCCAAACUUCAGCACUGAUAAGAACCAUUUGUUAUGAGGAUCUCAUACAUCUACACAAGAAUGGUCGAUAUACCACGUUAAGUAAGAUACUUGACGAACUAGUGAAACAUGGAGUUAUCGCUGGUUCUCCAAUUAUCAAUUUCAAUCCUUCCAUAGGUGAUAAAGACAAAUUUGCUAAUCAGAUUGUUAUGUUGAUGGCAAGUUGCGGUGAUCCAGUAAUUGCUUCCCUGUACCUCAUCAGCCUACACAAUGAAGGAUUGAGAAUAGACCUGAAAAUCGUCAAAAAUCUUAUGAAGCUACUAUGUUUGCCCAGCAGGAGAGACGCUGCUGCUUAUACCUUCUCCAUGUUGAAAAUUAUCGACCAUUUCCCAGAUAUAGAGUAUUCUUCCAGCGAACUAUUCAAUAUGUUAUCGGCUGCAUUAGAGAAUGACCUUACUAUCUUUCUUCCAAACCUAAUGUUUGAGAGGCUUCACCGUUCAAUUACACUUCAUCCUUGUGAUGAAGAACUUUCGGAGAUCUUAGUCAAACUCAUAACAAGAAACAUCGAAAAUUCACAUAUUGAGACUGCCACCACCAUGAUCAAGAAUCUCAGGACCUUCGAACAUAUUGUUUGUGAUAGCGAGCUACAAGUGAGGAUCUUGUCAAGGGUUGAUGUUAAUAUUUCAAAGGAAUUGAUACCGAUAUUCGUUUUCGAUAUGAGCGAUCUCAAGGUGUUUAACUUCUUGAUCGUAUACUAUAAGGGUCAGAAAGAAAUGUUACAAGCUACUUUAAGACAUCUCAAACCACCCGUAGAGAGGCAAACUUUGUCAGCUUUGUUCACUGUGUUUGUAGAAGAAGAAAAAGAUACUGAAGCUAAAGAGAUUCUUCAGCAUAUUCUCAAGUCCGAAUCAGGACUCAAUGAUAAGGACUUCAGUACCAUCAUCAAAAAACUUCUUGACAAGGACAAGAUCAUCGAAGUUACAUCCAUGAUAGCGUUAAAAAACAUAGCUAUCACCAAACUGGCAUAUAUUUCCACUUUCCGAUACCUUCUCAAGAACGAUUUAUUACAGGAGAAUGAAGACUUUUUGAGAGGAAUGGUGACAGAGUUCAAGAGGAUAAACGAUGACCCCAUAUUAUCAGAGAUUUUGCCAAUCGUUGUGAACCAUCUCAUUUACAAGGUACAUCCGUUAGUAGCUAGAAGCUUUCUCAUCAAAUUCUUCAAUAAGGGCAACGCAACUGAUCAUGGUGUUUUCAAAUUGAGUAGGUAUAAUCUUCCAGAGUCUUUAGUUGACAUCAUGAGAGCCACAAAUUCCAGCAAUAUCAGUAGCCUAUAUGCUGUAUUGGAUGGAAGUAUCGAAAAAGAGGAGUUUGAUCUGAUCAAAUGGUGCGUUCAAGAAUUACGUAACCAUGGCCACUCUCUUCAUGAGAUAUUGUCCCAUAUAAGAUCUAAAAACGAAACAUUUUACAGCAAGAUUUUCAAAGAAAACUUGAUCAAGGGCGUUUAG